GCCGACGCGUUUGUGAGCAACACAUCGCUUAGCAGAGAUCAAGUGUGAAAAUGUGCGCAAGAAGGACAGCAGAGGUCGAGGAGGAGCUUAGUGGACCAAAACAGGAACUAUUGGACGCUGUUUGCAAGAUGCAGCGUCGAGACAUCAGUGAAGAUUUUGGUCCUGGGCAGCAGAAGCCAGCGUACCCUCAUUUUAAAGAGGAAGUGGAGGAUGAAGAGCCCCCCCAAAAUCAAGAGGAUGAGGAGCCAGAUCACCCUCGCAUGGAAGAGCUGGAAGAUCCCUACCACAUUAAAAAGGAAGAGAAGUCUGAGUCCCCUCACAUUAAAAAGGGGAGGGAUGAACAGCCCCUGCAUAUUAAAGAGUGGGAAGAAGAGCCACCGCACGUUAAAGAGGAGGAUGAGCAUAUCACCAAUAUGCCAUCAAUUGGGGUUUGUUUGAAGAGUGAAGAUUGUGAAGGUGAGGAGAGCACAGGGACUGAGGCUCCAAGCAGCAGCUUUAUGACUCCACUAUCAGAUAGUGAUGACAAAGCGUCACACACUCCUGAUGGUGAUGAAGCGUCUCAAGGUCAUAAGGCAGGUCACAGUGAAGACAAGCACUGGAAAUGUUCCCAUUGUGGGAAAACCUUUGCUUUUAAGAGCCGUUUGAAACUGCACACGAGAACGCACACUGGAGAAAAACCUUUUACCUGCUCAUUUUGCGAUCAAAGAUUCUCUUGUAAAAGUCAAUUGACAACACACACUAGAGCGCACACUGGAGAGAAACCUUUUACCUGCUCAGUUUGUGGCCAAAGAUUCUCCUUGAGUGGAAACUUAACAAUACAUACAAGAACACACACUGGAGAGAAGCCAUUUGCCUGCUCAAUUUGCGGUCACAGAUUCUCUCAUAGAAGUCAGCUGAGAGUACACACAAGGACACAUACUGGUGAGAAGCCUUAUGCAUGCACCGUUUGCGGUAAAGGUUUCUCUGAAAACAGAACUUUGAGAGAACACUCAAAAACACACACUGGUGAGAACCCUUAUACCUGCACAGUAUGUGGUAAAACCUUCACACUCAAGGGACAUUUGAUAACACACACAAGAAUACAUACUGGGGAGAAACCUUUUGUCUGCUCGUUUUGUGGUCAAACUUUCACUCGAAGAGACCAUUUGACAACCCACACAAGAACACACAUUGGUGAGAAACCUUUUGCCUGCUUAGUUUGUGAUCAAAGAUUCUCUCAUAACAGAACUUUAAUAAAUCACACAAGGACACACACUGGUGAGAAACCAUUUGCCUGCCCAGAUUGUGGUAAAAGAUUCACUCAGAAGGGAGACUUACAAACACACACGAAAACGCACACUGGCGAGAAACCUUUUUCCUGUUGUGUUUGUAAUCAAAGAUUCUCUCGCAAUGGAAACUUAAUACGUCACAAAAGGACACACACAGGGGAGAAACCUUAUGCAUGCACAGUUUGUGGUAACAGUUUCUCCCAUAAGGGACAUUUGACAACACACACACGAAUACACACUGGGGAAAAACCUUUUGCCUGCUCAGUUUGUGGACAAACAUUCAAUCGAAAAGGCCAUUUGACAAUACACACAAGAACACACACAUGAUAGAGUUUUUACUAGCUAACUUUGUCAACAAUAAUCCCAGUGCUCAUACCGGUCAUUGGAGAUGUCAAUCUGUGUCCUCCCUUUCAUGUGUACAUAUGUAUAUAUAUAUAUAUAUAUAUAAAGAGAGAGAGAGAGCGAUGCAAUAAAGGUGAAUAAAACGUUACCUCCUUUAUGUGAAAUGUCACUCUAAACAGAGCUAUGGCAUGUUUGAAUUAGAAGAGAUUAUGUUAAUUCUGAUUGUGAAAUACCAUCCAUCUAUUUUCUGUACUGCUUAUCUUCACUAGGGUCGCGGUGUGCUGGAGCCUAUCCCAGCUGUCUUUGGGCGAGAGGCGGGGUACACCCAGAACUGGUCCCCAGCCACUCGUAGGGCACAUACUGUAUAAACUAACAACCAUUAACACUCACAUUCACAACUACAGGCAAUUUAGAGUCGUCAAUGAACCUACCAUGCAUGGAUUUGGCAGGAAACCGGAAUACCUGGAGAAAACCCACACAGGCACGGGGAGAACAUGCAAACUCCACACAGGCGAAGCAGGGAUUUGAAUCCCGGUCCUCAGAACUGUGAGGCCGAUGUGCAAACCAGCCCCCACCAUGCCGCCUGAUUUAAAAAUGAUUUUACUAAUUGUCUUUUGUGUUAGACGUGUUGACAAGUGUGCUGUUGAGACAACCAGUGACCAAUGAAGCUUCAACUGGAAAUGCAGAUGUCUCAGGAAUGUCUCAAGAAAUUGAUUUGAUUGCUACUUGACUGUUUUGGUUGUCUUACAGAAGGUUUCACCUCUCAUCCGAUCAGGCUUCGUCCAUUUUUUUUAUCUAGCCUAUGUGCAUGUGCAAUGUCAUCGAAGACAACCAAAAGAGUCCAGUUGCGAUUUGAUUUUACGCCCUGAGAAUGAGGUGAACUGGUUGAAUAAGAAAAAUUCACAGACAUAGAUGUUUGAUCAUGAAACUGUCUGUGACACUGAUUUUGAACAAUAUUUUAUCUCCCUUGUAGUUUUUAUAUUGUAUCCUAUUUACCUUCUUCCAAACCUCCAGUGGACAAGUAUCAAUAAAUAGCAUUUGUGCUGCUUUGUCCAACGUUUUGUGAUGCUUAUAUCAAGUAUCAAAUUAGUGACCGAUUGAUUAAUGAAACUUUGACUUACAGUGGUCAGAUGAAAAAGUGUGAUCCUGAUUAUAAUACAACUCUUCAAAAAGAGUGUCUCAGUUUACAUGUACUGAUAUAUAUAUAUAUAUAUAAAACAUAUUUGGAAAACAGAAUGCAAAGAAAUAAAUGGCUGAAAGUGCA